UGGAUUUAUAAAAUUCAUUGCGGUCCUCUUUGCACCCUUUUUCGAAUAAAACGCUUUCAAAUUCACAUUGAUAAAUCAUUCCAAUGAAUAAGUGGUAAUCGCUUUGCCUUUUCAGGGGAUUCUUUCCUUCCCUUGCAUUCUCACUCUAUUUAUUCUUUUCCUCCCCUGAGCCAUUCAUGUUAUCUCAUAAAGGUUCAAUAUUGUUGUGGAAUGGGCUCAUGAUGGAAUCUGAUUGGAGAAUAUUAUCCAUCAUACCUUUCCCUAGACUUAAGGAAUCCGCAUGCCCAUUUUAGUGUACUCGGUGUCGAUGGAAUGAAGUAGAAAAAGCAACUGAAUCUGAAACACCAUAACCAGCUUUUAUAACCAUUAACAAAGUAGAAGUUGAGAAGCGGAGAGAUGGAAGAGCUGCAUAAUUCUAGCCACCCACAGCAUCCCUUUAAACUUGUUGAAAAGAUUGAUUUAGCUGCAACUUCAGCGACGUUUGGAUUAUGCUAUGUCUGUCGAAAACCACUACGAACAGAAGCCAAGGAACCCAUUUUCAGCUGCGAGAUAUGCCAACUUUUCCUUCACAAAAGAUGUGCAGAAGUGCCGAGCGAGAUCUCGCAGCAUCCCCUUCAUCCUCAACACAAACUCAAACUCGUGGUGGAUGUAAAGAUCCGUUCGCGGCGCUCCAUUUGCUAUGGAUGUAAUGAGCCGUGCAAAAGUUUCUUCUACCAUUGUUCUGAUUGUUGGUACCGACUGCACGUCUCGUGCGCUUUUCCUGAAACAAAACUGGAUCAUCCGUGCCACGAACACCCGUUAUUACUCCUGCGACGACGUUCAAACUUCCUCUGUGAUGCUUGUAAGUCAGAUGGUUAUCAGCAGUCUUAUGUUUGUGCACAAUGUCAGGUAUGGAUUCAUCUCUCCUGUGCACUGUUACCAGGAAUCGCGAGUCGACGCGAUCAUGAUCACCCACUUUCUGUGUCGUAUUGUGUUCCAAAUGAGUAUCGCAGAUACAAAAUUCCCUGUGAUUUCUGCUUUAAGGACAUACCAUUUGAGGAUUGGGUUUACUAUUGUGGCCUUUGCAGGUACAUUCUGCAUUUUGGGUGUUUGGAAAAGUACAGAGAACCAAGUGAUUGGCAGACAUGGAAUUGAGCAACCGCCACCGGACUUGGUGAGGAUGCCUACUAACAACUUCGUGGAAAUAAUUGGACAUAUAUUGGAAAAAUUAUACAGGACGGAAAUCACACCGGUUGCUGGAACUAUGAAACUCGGCGACUGCGGACAUCCACUUGCUCUUGUGACUUUGCCGGAUGAUUCUGAACGGAGAAACACUGAUCCGGCAUGCGACCGAUGCACAGAACCCAUUGGCGGCGUCUCCCCAUCAUCAUGCUACAAAUGUCAAAAAUGCAAUUAUUUUGUGCACUCUCCAUGUGCAAUGAUCUCGUCGGAAAAUUUGCUCUGCCCACUCUUAUACGAUUCCCAAUCACAUGACCUUGUUCAGGUUUCUCACCAGUACGUGUGGGAAAUGCUCAAGUGCAAAGCUUGUAACUUGGAUUCCAAUGGUUAUUUUUACAAGUGCCAAACCCUUGAGAAACUCUGUUUUGACCUCAAGUGUGCUGUAUUGCCCACCAAACUUAUGCAUAAAGCACACAAUCACCAUCUUUCAGUUACAUUGGGAGGAACCAACAAAUGUAGUUCCUGUGGCGAACUUAUCACAAGUUUGCAAUAUUACACAUGUCCUUAUUGCAGAUUCCAUUUAGGUUAUGAAUGCGUCACGCUACCAGAGAGUGUGAAUCACAGGUGGGAUAAGCAUACGCUUAUGUUAAGUUUUCCGCCUUUCAGUGAUCGUCCUGGCGAAUUCUAUUGCGAAAUCUGCGAAGAAGAGAUUCAUCCGAGACGAUGGCACUACCACUGUAAAGAAUGUGAUCAAUCUUUUCAUCCUCAUUGCAUCCCUAAAAUCUUGUACCGGAAUUGCAAAUUUGGUGGCACUCUUGAGUAUGGUAAACAUCCGCACCCUCUCGAAUUUGUCCGAGAAGGCGAUUAUUAUUCCAAGUGUGAUUCUUGCCUUGAACUCAUGUAUGGAAAAAGGGUGUUUGAAUGUUCAAGUUGCCGGUUCUGGAUAUGCCUGAAUUGUGUAACAAAACUCGCAACUUCAGGAAAGGUUAUUGGUCCAUCUAAGAUAUGUGAAUGAUAGCCUUAGGUUUUUUUUUUUUUGGUCAACAGAUAGCCUUGCUUUUAGAAUGUCGACGAAACUUAUGAGUUAUCUUCCCUUUAGCCUUUAGGUUUAGAUGUCCUUUUUGGAGCUGGCGAAAUUUUUAAGGAUUAUUAUAGAUCGAUUGUAACAUCAAUAUUAUUAGUAGUUAAUACUCCCUCCGUCC